CAUGAUACUAUAUGAGAGUUGUCAAGUACUGCAACAAUUAUGCGUAUUUAUAUUUUAUAUGAAUCUAUAUUUUUUUUAUGCAAUAUGGAUUAUUACAAAUAUUAGAUUUUCUCGGACAUUAUAUAAUUCAACUAAUUCCAAGUCACAGAUCCACUAUCAUGCAUACAUACCCCAUUAAUCUCUUUCACCUGAUGCUACCCCACGGCAAAAACAGUCUCUGAGAAAAAAUCAUCAGGAAUUAACAAUAUCUGAGAAAUAGUAAACUUUAAUUGAAGCUCCAAAAAUGGCACCAUUUAGUUGUCGUACUGUGAUUUCUCCAUCAACUUCUUCCUUCUUCUUCUUCUUCUCUCGAAACCAGAAAAGACCUUUCCAAAGCUGGAUGCCUAGAAAGCCCAUUCUCAAUAUUAUUCCCAUCAACGCAACUUUUUCAGGGGCCGGUAGUAGCGACAUGUUCGCGGUUUCUGAUGCCGUUUGUAAAGACGAAACGACCAGCUUUGGGUUCAAGAAUUUGAUGGAGACUUUCUGGGUUGACGUUCAGGAAGCUGAAGAGAGACCAUUGAAGCUCAAACUCAUCAGUGAGCCUUUGAGUACUGCUUCGUCUCGGCUUCAAAAUGUGGCGAUUCGAGUUGAAUUGAGGAAUGGCUGCGUCGGCUGGGGCGAGGCGGCUGCCACGCCUGCCACAUCGGCAGAGGCGGCUCUGGCCAAGGCGAAGGAGGCGUGUGAAUUUCUGCGGCGGAGUUCGCCGUUGACUUUGAAUUUGGUGCUCGAAGAGAUUGGUUAUAUUCUUCACGGACAGGAAUAUGCUUCUUUCAGGGCAGGAGUGGAAAUGGCGUUGAUUGAUGCCGUUGCUAAUAGCAUUGAUGUGCCUCUGUGGAGAUUAUUUGGUGGUGUUUCAAACAGUCUAACAACUUCUAGAACAAUCCCAAUGGUAUCCCCAGCUAAAUCUUCAGAGUUGGCUUCAAAGUACUAUGGCAAAGGAUUCAAUACUAUAAGGUUUGAAAUGGGAUUGAACUUACAUGCAGAAUUGGAAGUUAUGAAAGCUGUACAAAUAGCUCAACCCCAUUGCUUAUUUAUCUUGGAUGCAAACGGGAAGUACACUUCGGAGGAAGCUAUAAUGGUUCUUGAGAAGUUGCAUGAGAUGGGGAUAAGUCCAGUUCUCUUUGAGCAACCAGUUCACAAAGAUGACUGGAAUGGUCUUGCUUAUGUUGGAAAUGUUGCAAGAGACAAAUAUGGCAUACAUGUUGGUGCAGAUGAGAGCUGCCAGACCAUGAAUGAUGUACAGAGAGUAGUGAAAGAGAAUGUAGUAGAUUUCAUCAACAUUAAACUAGCCAAAUUUGGGGUACUGGACACCCUCCAAGUUAUUGAGGUUGCAAGAAAAUCAGGCUUGAAUCUUGUAAUUGAUAGCAUGGUUGCGACCAGACUUGCUACAGGCUUUGCUGGUCAUUUGGCUUGUGGACUUGGCUGUUUCAAAUACGUAAAUCUGGAUGGGCCUUUAAUGUUGUCAGACGAUCCAGUUUUCGGUGGAUAUGAAGUUUCCGGAGCGGUCUACAAGUUCACAAAUGGUAGAGGCCUAGGAGGUUUCCUUAAGCAGGACAAAAUUUCCCAUAAUUCAAAAUAAGGAUCACUGUUUCAUGUAUGCUGUUACCAAAUUAAGCACGUUAUGAUGUUGGCUAUGAUAUCUGUGUCUACAAAAUGCUGGAGCUGCAAAAUAAAACAAGUGAAAUUCUGAUUCUCUCAAAGAUUGACAAAGUCAUUUUACUUGGCGUGGAAAUCUAAGUUUGCCAUGACUCAUUAGUAGAUUUUAAAGGAAUAAGAGAAUUGAAACUCUUUUAAUACU